GCAGCGGCCGCAGGUGAAGCCGCCGCGCCUCGCCCGGAGCGGCCCCGCGGGGCCGGAGCUGCCGGGGCCACCAUGGGCCGGGGGGGCCGUAGGGACUGGGGGACCCCCCCUUCCCCUCGCUGACGCUGGAGGAGAAGGGAGGGAAAGACGGAAAACGGAGGAAAAUCCCGGAGAAACCCUCCCCGAAAGCGGAGCCGCGGAGAAGGCGGCGGCGCCGGCUGGAAAAUGCAUCUUCCUCGGAGCUGCGCCCUCCUCCUCCUCCUCCUGCUCCUCCAGGGCGGCAUCGCGCUGCUGGUGUGCUGCGCUCCAGCGGCUCCGGGCGAGCCGGGGCUGGGGGAGCUGCGGGAGCCGCGGGAGCUGCGGGAGCCGAGGGAGCUGCGGGGGCUGCCGGAGCUGCUGCCCCCAAAGCCUCUCCCGAAGCCGGAGCGGAGCCUCGCGGGGCCGGGCAGCGGCUCCGGGCAGCUCGGGGCGGUUCUGCAGAACCGGGACCCGGCGGCGGCCCCGGGCAGGCUGCAGAAGCUUUUCGGCUGGGGAGAUUUCUACUCCAACAUCAAGACGGUGAAGCUGAACCUGCUGAUCACGGGCAAGGUCGUGGAUCACGGCAACGGCACCGUCAGCGUUUUCUUCCAGCACAACUCCACGGGCCACGGCAACAUCUCGGUGAGCCUCGUGCCUCCCACCAAGGCCGUGCAGUUCGACCUGGAGCAGCAAAUCUUCAUCGAGGCCAAGGAGUCCAAGGUGUUGAAUUGCCGGGUGGAGUCUGAGCAGGUGGCCCGGGCCAGGAAAACCUCGCUGUGCACCUUCGACCCGGCCAAGACGUGCUCGCAGGAGCACACGCAGAGCCGGGCGGCCUGGCUGUGCUCGCAGCCCUUCCGAGCCGUGUGCGUGUACAUCACCUUCUACAGCAGCGAUUACCGCCUGGCGCAGAAGGUGUGUCCGGACUUCCACAGCCACAGCCACAGCCGGCCCUACUUCCCCUCGGGGUGAAGAUCCCGCAGUUCCCGGCCUGGAGCAGCGAUUCCAGCGAUUCUCGGGGCGGGGGGGAGGGAUGGGGGU